CAUGUAUAUAAAGGAGAGUCUUAGAGGCCGGGGGGCCCAGUACCGUUCGAAGAUGCAAGCCGCUGGGAUGCUGCGUGGGACGGGGGCCAUGGGCGAAUUCCACGUACUUCUCAUUGGCACCCUCAUUCUCGCGUUCAUCGGCGAGAACGCCCAUGCACUCCCACUGCAGGUCUUGCCAAACAUCCCUGGAUACAUACCCGUUUACAUAAGACACGGAGAUCAACCACUGGAUGAAAUCAAUCCAGCUUUGGCCGAGGCUUUUCACGAAAAGCAGAUUCUAGAGAACACACCUCCGGAACGGUUCGGUAAUGCUCCCGACGACUUGAGAAAGAAUAUGGAGAACCACCCGUCCUACGAUGACGAGGAGGACGGUGACGAGGGAGGAUUGAACGCGGGAUCACGAAGAAAAGGAACAGUUUAUUUGAUCGGUGUAAGACAAUCGGGUGACGAUAAAACGAACGAUGGGAAUUCGAGGUCCAAAAUUGCACUGCCGUUCGAGGUUCUCCAGCGUGAAGCAAUUGAGGUAAACUCGGCGGAUCAUGAUGAACCUGAAAAAUCCAAGGAUGUCUGGAUCGAGGAAGCCGGGAAGCAGAACAGUGCAAGAAAGCCAAUCGGCCUCUCGAAGGAGGCGGUUAUCAAGGCAGGUGGACUUCCAGUUGAUCUCAAGGAUCUCGAGAGGCUCGCAGCCGAAGUGGAAAGAGAAGAAACGCGUCCGAACGAUCUUUACGAUGCAGUGGUCGCUGAAGAUCGCCCUGUCCAUUCGUACCGACGUACAAUGAAAAAAAAAUUAAUCGACGGGGAAGCGACGAAGGAACGAAAAGACUUUGAACGAAUCAUCGAUGAUGCAGAUGACAGGUUGAUCCUGCCUAUCGAGGAUCCCAAAGAAAAACAUUCCAGCAAAUCGAGAACUAGCGAAAGAAUGUUGAGGCCAGCCAGAGAUCCAAAAGAGUCGAGACCGAGUGAUGAAUCGAUCGAUUUCAUGGUGCAGGAAGAAUGAUCCUUCAACGUCAUCGUCGAAAUCAGAUUCAGCAAACGGAACAAAAAAAAUAUAUUUUUUUUAAUCUCUCUAUUCAGUCUACGCAAUUCAAGAGAAUCCAUAGUUACUUGUAAAUUUUUUAUUCACGAUUUCUUAGAAAAUAAAGACGAGAACAGUGUCAAGAGUU